AAACAGAAUGACGACUUCACAUGGAGGUCAUGUUUACUAUGUAAUAAAAGUACCUAAAGAAGGCGAAGAAAAUGAAAGUACGGAUAGUGGGUGGGACAACCCAUUUAGGCCAGACGGAGAUUUAUCCCGAGAAGCCGACGAGAUAGUAGAACUGAUAAAAGGCGGAAAACCUAUAACCCCAACACCAGGACAAACUGCACCCCCAUUACCAGGAUGUGAUGGCAAAACAAUCGACGAUCACGACUCAAGUACUAGUCCAUUGCUGAAGACAUCAACAUCUGAACGGACGAAUCAAGGGAAUGGGAACCUCCAUGGCAACGUGAAUUCCAGCGUCAAUAAGCAGCCCGUUAGCGAGAAGGUCGGCUCAACAACGAGCACGGCGACCGUGGAGGUCAGCAGAGUAACAGCACAGGGUCCUGGGGAUGCGUCUCAAGUCGAGCACGUGACUCUGAAGAAAAAGCCUAAGUGCAAAUGCUGCGUUCUUCAGUAA